AUGUAUAACCACAAUCCCUACCAAUUUCCCGACCAGAACCUGGCGCGUCAGGAUUCGACCGCGUCGAAGGACUCCAAGGGCUCCGAAGACUCCCGAGGCACGGACUCGACCCGCUUUGGUGGAGGCUCAGCUGGUGCGUGGUACGAUGGAUCGGAAAACGUAAUGGCUUCAUAUACUGACAACGAGCUGGCUGAAAAUCACCGCCAGUAUGUCGCUCCGCGGCCGGUGAUGAUGUCGAGCGCCGAGCAGCGCCAGCAGCACCCGAGAGAGGCGCGAGAGCGGGCCAUGGGUUUUGACAGAGGCAUGGGACAGCAGCAGAUAAGCUCGAGCGUGCCGUCGCAAGCGCAAUCGUCGGGAUAUGGAUAUCAUUCGGUGCCGAAGCAGCCAGAAACAUUGGGCUAUGGGUAUCAUGCGAUGCAGCAGCAGCAAAUUCCUCAAGUCGUCGCUGGACCCGGUCCUCGAAUGAUGCCUUUCGCUCAGCAGCAUCAGCAGCAACUGCCUCAAAUUGUUGCGGGACCCAAUCAUCGAAUGAUGCCUUCCGCUCAGCCGCAUCAGCAGCAACCUCCUCACGUUGUCGCCGGACCCAAUCAUCGAAUGAUGCCGUCCGCUCAGCCGCAUCAGCAGCAACCUCAUCACAUUGUCGCUGGACUCAGUCAUGGAACGAUGCCUGUCGCUCAAGGCUAUCAGUAUGCGCAGAGCCCCCCGAUGAACCCUGCCCCAUCUAGCGGCGCUCCAGCGGUGUUGGGUCAGAACCGGCCUGGUGGAACUGUUCAGCACUUUGUCUUGGACGAUUUGGCGACGGCUUACAAGAAGCACGGUCCGGGUUCGAUGAAUCCAAACAACGUACCUAGUGGAUACACGACUGCUGCUGAUCCAGAAGCUCCCAAAGAGUCUCUGCUGUUUGCCCCAAGGAAGAUGUCGACAGGUAGGAAGGUUUCGUUGCCGCAGAAGAAGCCUGAGCCGAGGAUGGCAUCGGAGCCCCGCCAGAUUCCUGAGUCGAACAAGAUGAUCGCACCGAGAAAGUGGUCCGAGCCUACGAAACCGCAGACCCAGCCCGAGUCGAAGCACACUCUUGAUGUGGAUUUUGAUGCCAAUAAAUCUGCUGGUGGUGAGGGUUACUGGGAUGGGAGGCACACGGAGGCGCUCCUACAGUUGACGGGAGGGCGACCAAUGGGUGACGAGGCUCGGCUGCCGAAGUCCAAGCCUACUGCAAACUUCACCAACUUCAAGGAAACCUUGCUAGGGCGUGUCGCCGAGCAGACCAAGUCUCAUCUGGACAAGCAGGAGCACGUCGGACUAGCUUCGGGAAGCGGUGGCGGCGAGACACCUACAGAUGCCCCCACGGUAGCUGAGCUUGUUGAACACAUCAAUCGUUCUCGCAACAACACACUCGACAGCACCGCCGACCCGGAACAUCGCAGCAUCGGUGACAAAGUCCUCAACAUUCUCAAGCUCAAACCGAAGCACUCAUCCGAUCCAACCAACCCGGCCACAAUGGUCCGAUCACACCGUGUUUCACUUUCUCCGGCUCGCCAGGCGCACUUCUACGCGAAGUUCGAGCUCACGGUCUCCACCGCAAUCUCGAACUUCCUGUUGCAGCACGAGGACCUCCUCGACGAGGCGAAUCUCAACCGCGAGAUUCGGGCGUGGGAGGGCGGCUCCUGGAGCAUGUUCGAGGGCCCCUCGCAGAAGAGGUACCGACCCUCCGGGUUCAUGUUUCCGCUCGACGUGCAGCACCGCCUCCUCCAGAAGAACUGCGAGGCGUUCCUCAAGCACGGUGCAUUCAGCGACCGUAACGUCUUGCUGGUCCGCCAGGCCGCCAAGAUCAUCGCCGGUUGGGGACGAGUCGUCGACGGACUCCCCCACAAGACCCUCUGCGAGCCGGAUUGGCUGCUGAUCGAGCGGCUCCAAGGCGCCGAGAAGCUCAUCCAGCUUCUUGGAAACCACUUCCUCUCGAGCGAAGUGGCCAAUUACACCGCCUGGAAGCUGCAGAUGGUGAUGGAGAUCAUGGACGCCGCCGACCUCAUCCAGAAGCAGACGGACGAGGAGCAGCAGAGCGCCGCCGCUCUCUGA